ACUAACUCUCAUGGUGCUGGUCCUGGCGAUUGCACCUCUCCCUGUGGAAUGAGUGGUUUCAUGCUCUGGUUUGAAUUCUCAUGAGACAGUCUCAGGGGUAUUUGCCUAUUUAUUGCUUCUGCUCUCAUCCAGUUGAGAGAAAGAACAGUCGACCACCAUGUUUGGAUCUCAUGUAUAAGAUGUUUUAAGGAAGGGAUGACACAGAUUUUCUGAAGAAAGCAGAAGGGCUCUUCGCAGUAUGGCUUCGGAAAUCACUUAUGCUGAAGUGAGGUUCAAAAAUGAACCAAAGUCCUCAGGUACCAAUUCAGAUUCUCCUGCAGCUCCCAAAGAGAAUACCACUCCUCUCAAAAGUAAUCCCGCUUUUCCUAAGCUGCUUCUUGGAUCAUUGCUGAUACUUUUCCUGCUGUUGGCAAUCUUAUUCUUUGUUGCUUUUAUCACUUUCUUUAACAAAUAUUCUCAGCUACUUGAAGAAAAGAAUUAUAAAGUUUCUCCGAAGACCCUGAUUCACACAAAUUUAAAUUGUGUAAGAAACAAUUCAACCAUGGAAGGAAAAGUCUGGAGCUGUUGCCCAGAGCAUUGGAAGUCAUUUAGUUCCAGUUGCUACUUUAUUUCUACUGAUGCAAAAUCUUGGAAGGAGAGUCAGGAGAACUGCUCUAGAAUGGAGGCUCACCUGGUGGUGAUCAAUAGCAAGGAAGAGCAGGAUUUUAUCACUCAUAAUUUGGAUAAAAAAGCUGCUUAUUUUGUGGGGCUAUUAGAUCCAGAGGGUCAAGGACACUGGCAAUGGGUUGAUCAGACCCCAUACAACCAAAGUGCCACAUUCUGGCAUACAGGUGAGCCAAGUCAUAGUGAAGAGCAUUGUGUUAUAGAAAAUCAUCGUCCUCCAUCAUUGGGAUGGGGCUGGAAUGAUAUACUUUGUAAAGAUGAUCAACGAUCAGUUUGUGAAAUGAUGAAGAUCUACUUAUGAAUCAACACUUUUCAUGGACAUGUGUUUGGAUUUGCAUUCAUUAUUCUAGCGCUAGCUCAUAAGUUCUUCUUUAUGAAAGACAUUCCAUAGACUUUUAGGUAAGUGGUCAACUAUUCCACUUUUGAGGAAAUGUUAGUGUUGCAUAUAGAAUUUAUCAGUUUACUUCCUACAGAGCACCUAAUACAAUAAUUGUGGGGGACUUUUUUACUUAAUGUACAAUGAGUUUACUCCAUGUUAUUUCUGUACCAUAAUGAUGGUACAGAAUUUUAAAAAGAUACAUUGUACUAAAAUGCUUUUGACUGCCUCAGUAAAGAGAGUAAUUGAACAGGAGUGAAAUAUUUUAUCCUGUGUCUAGCCAGUGCUGGAACUCUUCUUUUCACUCUACCUUGUGUUAUAUGAAUGUGUUUUGGUGUCUUUUACUUAUUUUUCUCUAGAGCAUCUUUCCAUCAAUGUGUGUGAAUAGGUUUUAUGUGAGUUUUGUGUUUAAAGAGUGAUGUAGAAUUAGAAACCAUCCUAUUGAUCACUGCAAAGGAAAAAGGCAGCAGAAUACAACAGACACUAGUAUGGCAAUAUAUAAAUCAAUGGAUGUGUAACUGAUGUGAUUCUGC